UCAAAGAAACAACCCAAAUUAAGGGUUUCCGAAUUACAUUCCUCACUACCAUCCUUGGCCCCUUUUCAAGGGGGAAAUAGGUCAAGGACAUUCUGAAGAAUGCAACUCGGCGACCUUUAACCAAAUGCCUACUACCCGAAGGUCUUUUUCAGACAGGAAAACAAACGCAAUCUACGAGAUCAUCAAGAGGACGUCAACACAAGACCACGACCUCCAGUCGAGGACGAAGACCUUGAAAGUUUGAUCCAGCCCGAUGAAGAGCGUAUUUCUGUGAAGAUUACCACAACUUUCGGGUAUACUAUCGAGACCGGUCGCCCUGGGAGGUGGACGGUGGAUGUUGAUAAAUUAAGGCUACCGCUGAAGCAUCCUCAGCAUCAUCCUUCGCUCUUUUUCUACUCGAAAAAAGGGGCAAUGAUGCACGCAGGGAUGCUACCGCGGUAGCUCCAAACCAAGCUAG